AUGGCCACUGUCGCCCCUGACGAUGACUGCCCCAACCCAGCAGAGCAUGAUCGAGCGAGGAAGAGGAGGUCCGAGGGGAAAGGGAGGAAGAACUUUCUGUGUACACAGUGUGAGAAGGCCUUCAACAGCGUGGAGAAGUUGAAGGUGCACUCGUACUCGCACACGGGAGAGAGACCGUACCGCUGCACACACACCGACUGCACCAAGGCCUUCGUCUCCAAGUACAAACUGCUACGCCACAUGGCGACACACUCACCUGAGAAGACCCACAAGUGUAGCUACUGUGAGAAAAUGUUCCACCGCAAAGACCACCUCAAGAAUCAUCUGCACACGCAUGACCCCAACAAGGAGGCCUUCACCUGUGCUGAGUGCGGAAAGAGCUACAACACCAAGCUGGGCUUUCGGAGGCACCAGGCUCUGCAUGCGGCACAUCGCGGCGAACUCACCUGCCAGGUAUGCAUGCGGCCAUACCCCAACACGACCCUGCUCCUUGAGCAUUUGCGCGCCCAUGCUGGCAAAAGUGCCACCUCCACAUCGAAGGAGAAGCGUCACCAGUGCGAACACUGUGAGCGCCGUUUCUACACUCGCAAGGAUGUGCGGCGCCACCUAGUGGUGCACACAGGUCGCAAGGACUUUCUGUGCCAAUACUGCGCCCAGCGCUUUGGGCGCAAGGACCACCUGACCCGGCACGUGAAGAAAAGCCACGGCCACGAGCCACUGCGUGUGAAGGCGGAGCCACUGGAACUGACAGAGCCACAUCCGUACCAGUUAGGCCACGCCUCCUAUUCGCCUCCACCACCACAGCUCAGGGCCGAGCUGGAAAGUUACUUGCUGGAGCUGCAGGCCGAGGAGACGCCAAAGCUUAACGUUGCUGUUACAUCCUCUCAAGAGACGACGGCGUCUUUAGACUUUCUGUCUCCGCUUUUUAACUUCUUACCCUACGGUCAAGGGGCAGGGUCAGCCUUAGGAGUUUCCUACAGCCAGGAGGAGGGGCUUCCUGUGAUGACCCCUUCUCAGGAUGUACCUGAUCCCCUCAGCACAAUCCACACACUUGCGCAUCAGCACACCCUUUCACAGACACAUGCGCUCAACACAAGUUACACGCAUUCACCAAGCCUGAAUACAACCACCACCCUGCCUCGCUUUCACCAGGCCUUCCAGUGAACCAAACAUAUACACCCACACACCUUAGCACUUACACUUACCCAUAUUUUACAAUCAACAUGGCACUUAAUUAAAAAAAAAACGCCAGGUCAAUUCAUUUUCUCAACCAGUGAAACGUUACCAGGUUUGGGCACUGAAGAAUACAUUUCUAAUACAAAAAAUGAAGUCUUUGUAUUUAGUCCUAAAUACAUUUUAUAAAUGCAGUAUUU